UAGGUUUAGACCUUCUGCAAUUUAGCGCUUAUGUAAUUACGUUAUAUAACCUCCAAAUCCUUAACGUCAAAAAAUGGCAGGAGCGGCUGCUAGCUACAAGAGAAUUUUACAGUUGCUUGAAAAGUGGCCAAUUGAAGAAGGAAAAGUCGGCAGGGAUUUGGGAGAGUUUCUCCGAACCAAGAUCACUAAAGCGUACAAAGAAAACAAAUUUGAGGCCAACCAAAAGUACUGGGACAGUCAAUACAUUUCACUGCAACGUUUAGUUAACAACGAUUAUAGUAAUAAAUACCCUAGAAUUCUCACGUCCUCUGCUACAGGUUUGACUGCCGAGCAGUGUCAAAUUGCGCUAUCAAACGAAUUUCUCAAAGAAUUGCAAGAAGAGGAUCAGCCGUUUUAUAAAAAAAUAUUUUCACUUAAAUCCAAAGACAAAUAA